UCAGGCCCCCCCAGUCCUCCACUUCCUGAGGAGGCAGCCCCAGAAGAAAGCCAGCAGAGACGCGUUUCUCUUCCAUCCCAGCCGCAGCCGCACUGCUUCCACGCCGGCACCCCAGCACCGUCCCAGGGAAAAGGGCAAGAUGAAGUGGAAGCUGCUGGUUAUGGCCGCCAUCCUGCAGGCCGGGCUCCCGAGCACAGAGGCACAGAGCUUCGGCCUGCUGGACCCCAAACUCUGCUACCUCCUGGAUGGGAUCCUGUUUCUCUACGGCGUGGUCAUCACCGCCCUGUACCUGAGAGCGAAGUUCUCCGGCACCCCCGACGUCCCCGUGCAUGCCCAGGGCCAGAGCCAGCUCUACAACGAGCUCAGCCUAGGGCGGAGAGAAGAGUAUGAUGUUCUGGACAAGAGACGCGGCCGCGACCCCGAGAUGGGGGGCAAGCAGAGGAGGAAGAACCCGCAGGAUGGCGUCUACAAUGCGCUGCAGAAGGACAAGAUGGCGGAGGCCUACAGCGAGAUCGGGAUGAAGGGCGAGCGGCGGAGAGGCAAGGGGAGCGACGGCCUUUAUCAGGGGCUCAGCACGGCCACCAAGGACACCUACGAUGCCCUGCACAUGCAGAUGCUGCCCCCUCGCUAGGAGCCAGCCCCGGGAGCAGCACGCAGGACCCCGUGCCCUGACUUCUCGCUGUACAGUUCUGCCGUAGCCAACCGCCGCCCGCGGCCCCAGUCACCCGGGCAGUCAGGGAGCGCCCCAGGGCCACGGGCAGCUGGGCUCUCCUGGCCUGCUGGGCUCGGCUGGCAGGACCCUCUCACGGCCUGGCGAGCAAGCUCCCUCUCGCAGCUGUCAAGUGUGUUUCAUGAAGUCCCUGGAGGACCCAGCCCCCUGCGCAGGUGUCCCCAGCCUGCACUGCUCUUCAGUAUUCCAGUGCUUCGCGCCGGCUGUAAAUCUGGCUUCCGUUGUACCGUGUCAGGGUCGCCUGUGAUCUGGCCACGUGCCCUCGGUGCAGGGGCUGGGCGGAGGGGCAGGGCGCGCAGCCAAACGCGUGCCCAGGGCUGAGGAGGGAGGCGGUGGGAGGGACUGGCAGGGGAGUGGGCGGGAGGUUGGUCAGGACGGGGUGGAGGGGUGGGGACCCGGCAGGGAAGGGUCUCUCCAGACCUGAGUUCAGAGGACAGGAACCCACUGCCCUGGCCCUCAGAGGGACAGUGGGCAGUGCUCUGGCUGAGAAGCAGGGCGAGUGCCGCUGCGGGCCCUGGCCAGAGCGCAGGAGCAAGGCCACGUCCAAGCACUUGGGCCCUGGGCUCUGAGUUUGGGCGAGCCUCUGCCCCCAGGCCCUGCGCACACCUGCGGGACCCCGCGGACAGGCAGCAGAGAAUCAGAGCUGCGAGAUGAAAGGGCAGGGCCUCUGCGUGGGUUUUAAUUUAUAUUGACCUGCUGUUUUGCAUAAUAAAUGCUUCAGUCAGUGCGA